GCCAUGGCGGCGGCCGGCAGCUGGACGCUGCUCUGGGUGGCGUGCUUCGCGGUGGCCCCCGGCCCCACGGUCGCGAUGCUGCUCCGGGGGCCGUCGUCGUCGUCCGGGAGCGCGGAGGCCCAGGCCAGGCUGACCGUCGUGGACUGGAACGCCUACGAUGACCGGGAACAGGACGGCCCCGGGACGUACAGCUUCGGCUACGAGAUCGAGGACGCGGCCACCGCCAACACGCAGUUCAGGCAGGAGGAGCGCUUCGCCAACGGCACGGUGGUGGGCAGCUACGGCCUGGUGGAGCCCGACGGCAACGUGCGCGUCGUCAACUACGUCGCCGACGCCCAGGGCUACAGGUAA